CAGCAUCGCAACUCCCUCUCCAUCUUCACAAGCAACCGCAUCCCGGGCCCAGCAGUCGCAAUUGCUGCUCAUUCACCCACCCGCCCAUCCACGACUUCUCCCGCAGCGCCGCUCGUCGUGCGCUCCGCCUGUCCUACAGCUUCACGCACCUGAGACACCCUCCCGGCGCAUACAAUCCUCCACCGGAGCCCAUUGCUCCACCGACAGCGCCCGCAAAGACCCUCCCGCAGCUCCCCGUCCGCGAGAUUCCCCCUCCACCAGCAGCCAUGGCAGAGACAGGAGGUUCGCCCAUUGGCAUUGCCAACCUGCCCAACCAGCGCCACAAGAUUGUGGCCAAGCGUGGUGCUGCCUUCACGAUCAUGGUGGCCGGUGAGUCUGGCCUUGGAAAGACUACCUUCAUCAACACUCUCUUCAGCACGACCAUCAAGAACUACGCCGACCACAAGCGACGUCACGCAAAGCAGAUCGACAAGACGGUGGAGAUUGAAAUCACAAAGGCGGAGCUCGAGGAGAAGUUCUUCAAGGUCCGCUUGACCGUCAUCGAUACACCGGGUUUUGGUGACUACGUGAACAACCGCGACAGCUGGCAGCCAAUUAUAGAAUUCUUGGACGAUCAGCACGAGAGCUACAUGUUGCAGGAGCAACAGCCAAAGAGAAGUGACAAGAUCGACUUGCGUGUCCACGCCUGUCUGUUCUUCAUCCGCCCUACCGGCCACACUCUGAAGCCAUUGGACAUCGAGGUCAUGAAGCGCUUGGCCACCCGCGUCAACCUGAUUCCAGUCAUUGCAAAGGCCGAUACUCUCUCACCGGCAGAUCUCGCCCGCUUCAAGCACCGCAUCCGAAGCGUCAUCGAGGCACAAGGCAUCAAAAUCUAUACUCCACCGCUCGAGGAGGACGACGAGGCCGGCCUGCAGCACGCUCGCAGCUUGAUCUCCGCCAUGCCAUUCUCGGUCAUCGGUUCCGAGCGUGAUGUGACUACCCCUGAUGGACGCACUGUCAAGGGUCGUCACUACCACUGGGGUGUCGCUGAGGUUGAGAACGAGGAGCACUGCGACUUCAAGAAGCUCCGCGCUAUCCUCAUCCGCACACACAUGCUCGACCUGAUCCACACCACAGAAGAGAACCACUACGAGGUGUACCGCGCGCAACAGAUGGAGACCAGGAAGUUUGGUGAGGCAAGACCUCGGAAGCUGGACAACCCCAAAUUCAAGGAGGAAGAAGAGGCUCUCCGCAAGCGCUUCACCGAACAAGUCAAGGUGGAGGAGCAGCGUUUCAGACAAUGGGAGCAGAAGCUUAUUGCUGAGCGCGAUCGUCUCAACAAGGAUCUCGAGCAGAGCCAUGCGGUCAUCAAGCAACUCGAGGCGGAAGUCGAGACGCUGCAGGGUAGCAUGUCGAGGACUGGUCGCCGCUAGGCGCAUCAGGGGUGCAGGAUAUGAGUAUGAAGACGCAAGAAGCUACCGACCACGCCACGGCAGGACAGUGGCAACUGCGACAGAAUCAGAUCUCAAGCGUCCCUUCCAUCGCCAGGAAAUCAGACAUUGUUAUGGCGCUGAGUGGGACUCGUUUCAGGGUGGGUUGCAAAGUGCGAAGAUACCUUUACUGCUUUCAUUGUGUUUGUUCAGGAGAGAUUUAUGGAAAGCUGCUUAGCGUGGUGUUGCGAGGCUGUCAAGUGCUGAGCAUCGCGGUCACGAGCCAAAAAGCAUUAGUGCGUAUCUGUAGGAUGUAAUAUCAGCACAGCACUUGUUGUAAUUACAUUUGGACCCCAUCUUCACAUGUCAAUAUACCCACAUGCUAAGCC